UGGACCUUCUGAGAAGAAGAAGAAGAAGAAGAAGAAGAAGAAAAAAAAAAAACAUUUAAAUACAUAUCAACGAGGAAGGGCAUUUACCGUUAUUUCAUAAGGAGAAACACUACUAGACACAUACCAGUAGUGGACCGUGAGAUACACCAGUUGAAUAAUUAUCCAGGGGCUGAAGUGGAAUAUUAUUGUCACAAAAGCUCUCGAAAGUGGCUGACACUGUAACGCCAUGGUGGUUUUUAACGGUCUGCUGAAGAUUAAGAUCUGCGAGGCUUUGGAUCUGAAGCCCACAGCCUGGUCUGUGAGGCACGCCGUCGGCCCCAAGACGCAGACCUUUCUGCUGGACACGUACAUCGCCCUCAACGUGGAUGAUUUUCGCGUGGGUCAGACCUCGACCAAGCAGAAGACCAACAGUCCCGCCUGGCACGACGAGUUUGUGACGGAGGUGCGCGACGGCCGAAAGAUUGAGCUGUCGGUGUUUCACGAUGCGCCGAUUGGCUACGAUGACUUUGUGGCCAACUGCACCAUUCAGUUUGAGGAAUUGCUGCAGAACGGCAGCAAACACUUCGAGGACUGGAUAGACCUGGAGCCAGAGGGAAAGGUCUAUGUUAUUAUCGACUUGUCUGGGUCUUCCAGUGAAGCAGGAAGCUGUGAGAAUGAGGAGCGAGUAUUUCGUGAACGCAUGCGGCCCAGGAAGAGGCAGGGGGCGGUCCGGAGGAGAGUGCAUCAAGUCAAUGGACACAAGUUCAUGGCCACCUACCUGAGACAGCCCACAUACUGCUCGCACUGCCGCGACUUCAUCUGGGGUGUGUUAGGAAAGCAGGGCUAUCAGUGCCAAGUGUGCACAUGUGUGGUUCAUAAACGCUGCCAUGAGCUCAUCAUCACUAAAUGUGCUGGCCUGAAGAAACAGGAGGACACCGCAGAGGAGGUUGGUUCUCAGCGCUUCAGUGUGAACAUGCCUCAUAAGUUCAGUAUUCACAACUACAAAGUCCUUACGUUCUGUGACCACUGCGGUUCAUUACUGUGGGGCCUGCUGCAGCAAGGCCUUCAGUGCAAAGUUUGUAAGAUGAAUGUACACAAACGUUGUGAAAGUAAUGUAGCUCCUAACUGUGGGGUCGACGCCCGGGGCAUCGCUAAAGUGCUGUCUGACCUCGGAGUCACUCCAGAUAAACUCUCUGGCAGCGUGCAAAGGAGAAAAAAGAUCUCUCAGGGUCCAGAUCCAUCUCCUUUACCCAUAUCUCCGCUGUUAGAAGACGAUCGAUCCAAAUCUGCCCCCACCUCACCAUGUGACCAGGACAUAAAGGAUUUGGAGAACAUCAGGAAGGCGUUGUCGUUUGACCAUCGCGGAGAGGAGCUUAAGACAGCCCCAUCCUCCUCUCUGACUGAAGGUGUGUCAGAGGAGACAGGGGCGGGGAGAGAGAAUGGAGAGGUGAAGAUGGUCCAGGUCAAACGAAUGAACCUGGAAGACUUCUCCUUCAUCAAAGUGCUCGGGAAAGGCAGCUUCGGGAAGGUUAUGCUGGCUGAGUUGAGAGGCACAGAUGAGGUUUAUGCUGUAAAAGUGUUGAAGAAAGACGUCAUCCUGCAGGAUGAUGACGUGGACUGCACUAUGACAGAGAAACGCAUUCUAGCACUGGCCAGAAGACACCCAUACCUUACUCAACUCUUCUGCUGCUUUCAGACUAAGGAUCGUCUGUUCUUUGUCAUGGAGUAUGUGAACGGUGGAGACCUGAUGUUCCAGAUACAGCGUUCACGCAAAUUCGAUGAAGCUCGUUCCCGGUUUUACGCUGCUGAGGUGACCUCUGCCCUCAUGUUCCUGCACCAGAAUGGUGUCAUUUACAGGGAUUUGAAACUAGACAACAUUCUGUUGGACGCUGAAGGUCACUGUAAGCUAGCAGACUUUGGUAUGUGUAAGGAGGGCAUUCUGAAUGGCAUCACGACCACAACAUUUUGUGGCACGCCAGAUUAUAUUGCCCCUGAGAUCUUGCAGGAACUCGAGUACGGGCCAUCAGUUGACUGGUGGGCUUUAGGUGUGCUCAUGUACGAGAUGAUGGCUGGUCAGCCUCCGUUUGAAGCAGAUAAUGAGGACGACCUUUUUGAGUCCAUUCUCCAUGACGACGUCCUUUACCCUGUGUGGCUCAGCAAAGAGGCCGUCAGCAUUCUUAGAGCGUUCAUGACGAAAAGCCCAAGUAAGCGGCUGGGUUGUGUGGUUUCCCAAGGACUGGAGGAAGCUAUCAAAUUGCAUCCGUUCUUUAAAGAGAUUGACUGGGUACUUCUGGAACAGAGGAAGGUCAAGCCACCGUUUAAACCCCGCAUUAAAACCAAAAGGGACGUGAACAAUUUUGACCAGGAUUUCACCCGCGAGGAGCCGGUACUCACGCCAGUAGAAGACGCCAUCAUUAAACAGAUCAACCAGGAUGAGUUCAAGGGCUUCUCCUAUUUUGCAGAGGAGUCUUAAUACGAAAUCCUCAAUAUUUAAUGGAUGUAUAACACUGAGAUGUACUUAUGAGUGCCCUUGAGCCACAAAGAGAGAGGUUUUCUAGUGUGACAUCACUUAAGCAGUUUGAAGAUGGAUAAAUCUCAUUAGAAUCGAAUGAAAGGCCAUUCUGCUUUUCAUUUCUCCUCUUCUUCAUCCCUCUUCAAGAGUAUCCUUGGAAUCAACACUUAAACACUAGUCCUCAUGUUUCUUGUCCAUUUUAAAAUGCAAAACCCAAAUGUAAAGAACCAAUGAUUGUAUUGGACAUGUGACGAGUUGGGAGUUUAAAGCACUCUAAAUUGUGAUCUGAUCACACGAUUGUCUGUCUGCCACUGAUUGGAGGGUACAGGGAAGGUGAUGCACAAAACUGCCUUUCAUGUGACUGCCUCGAAACAGCAGUGUUGACAUACACGCAUGUCACCAAAACAAGUGUUGUGAGAGUGGAGGUGUGUUUGCCUACAGUAUGUACUGGAGGGAAAACUUACAAAAGCGCCCUAUUUAGUGAGUGUGUGUGUGUGUGUUUUAAUUAUAUUACUGGAUUGUCUUGUUGCUAGGAUGCUGAAAUUGUGGAUUUCUAGGCAAUGCAACAAGACCCAUAGUUAUGACCGGCUCAGGACAGUAGCCAGUCACAUAUCUGUCACUGAUUAUUAGCCUGUGAACUUCUUUGAAAAUAGCCUAAUCAUCUAUUGCAUAGUUAUGCCUAUGAAAUUAUUAUGUAUUACUAGAAUAUGAGAAACUGUUACAGUAUGUGCAAUAUUUAAUGUGUGUAUGUUGGUCGAGCGUUCCAAGUUUUUUCGCCAUCUCACCUUCUAAAUCAUUGUCUCUGAAUAUAACAAUUUCUUUCAGUCUUUCUGAUCCUAGUUGCUGAUAGGCCAAUUAUCAUUAAGCUUGGCUAUUUAGGUUGUCAUGUAAUAUCCAGUGCUGGUCUUUUAUUUCAGUGCCAUUACAGCUUUGGUCUUUCGUACACUCUGUUAGAAAAGAAACAAAAAAUUCAGCUACUAUGGCAAAAAGAAUACAUGUGUAAAUGAUCUUCCAUUCUAAACAUAGCACAACUGAAGCACCCUUAACUUUUACUCUCUUUUAUCCUUUCCCUUUCCAAGACCUGUAGCAUAGUGAUGCAACGUGUGUCCAAAAAUUUUGGACAUCAUUUACUCAAAAUGAAAAAUUGUUAGAUGUUAGAUGAAUGCAUUUGCAAAAUAUUAAGCAUCUUAUAACAUUUCAUCAAAAGGUUUGUUUUGUGUUUUUAUUGUUUUUAAUUGUUUUUAAUAAAUAGCCUAUUUAUUAUUGUCAAAUUAUUUUUUCUUGUCUUGCCUUGCAGAGACUCUUAAGGCCUUCAAACUAUUUUUUUAAAGUAUAUUUCUUUUGAUUAUUUUUAGCCUGAUUUUGCUUCAUUUGUGUGUCUUGGGAAUUUCAGCUAUUUGAUUGCUUUUAAGGGUAAAGUGUGCAAUUUCUGUGCCACUAACAUCACCAAACUGAAUUGAAAAAUACUGUCUAUAAACUGGUUUCCUGAACACUUCCUGUCUGCCAUUGGUUGAACAAAAAGUUAGUCCCACCCCAAAAUCAUGCCACUGGUUGAGGCUGUGCUGCUGUAUCAGACUGGUUGAAAUGCUGGAAACAGAGCAAUGUUUUGAUAACACCACAGACUCACAGUUUUAACACUUUUCAGGGAUAUCAACCUACAAAUGGCGUUUCAUAGCUCUCUCUCUCUCUCUCUCUCUCUCUCUCUCUCUCUCUCUCUCACUCACUCUCUCUCUCUCACUCUCUCUCUCUCUGCAUAUUAAGCUAUUAAUGGGAUAAGAGGUCUAAUAUGAAAAAAUUACACACUUCCCCUUUAAGCAUGUUUGGCCUCAAUUGUGCACUCCUGAACUGGCAUCUGUUGGCCCUCACAGGGUCUGGACGGAGUCUAAUAACAGGAGACUCGCACUGCUUCUCCCGCCAAAUACCUGUGCCCUGAUGCACAUUUCAAUCUUAUUUUGGACUUCAUGAGUGAUAUGGGUUUUUUUGUGUGUUUAUUUAGUUUUUUUGAGAAGACUCUACAUAGUUAACACAUUGACAUUUGUAAGCAAAAUAAAUAUAAAAACACCUGGAAAAAGUACCUCUUUGUUCAUACUUGAGUCUGUGUAUCACAAAGGAAUACAUAUUUGUACAUACAGAGGUACAGUGCAUAUUAAACUGUAAGUAUCAUAAAUGCGUCUGUUUUUCUUUUUAUUGGAUUGUGCAGCUUCGUAUGUAUUGUAUGUCCUAAGACAUGAAUGUUAUUUUGUAUUUAUUUAUUUUGACAUCUUUGCCAUUCAUCACUGUCAUGUCAUUAUACGUAUUUUACUGUGUGCCAAAUAUACUGUACUCAAAGGAUGUGGAUGUGCAUUAUUUUGUUUGUAACCUAUUAAAUAAGAUGUCAA